AUGUCAUGUCUCACAGUGUGCCAUGCAGAGCUGAAUGCCAUAGUGAACGCAGGCAAAGCUGAUGUGAAAGGCUGCACCAUGUAUGUGACUUUGUUCCCCUGCAAUGAGUGCACCAAACUCAUCAUCCAGGCAGGUCUGAAGGAAGUGGUUUAUCUUUGUGACAAGUACUAUGAUACACCUGAAACCAUAGCAUCCAAAAGGAUGCUUGACAUGGCGGGGAUACCGUACAGGCGCUUUGUGCACACAAUGCCUCAAAUUGCCAUUGAUUUGCCUUUCAUUGAAACUCCUGGAAAUGAAAAUGCCUAAGACUCAUCUUGGGGAGCUGCUGAAUGAGGCAGUGAGGCAGAAGAAGAAUCAGCAGAAAACGGAUUUGGGAUGGGUUUGGAGAAUAAUAUGACCAAGACUAAUUUGCAGGUCAAAUCUGAAAUUAGAGUAUUUGGUUUGACAAAUUGUACAACAGAAUGUAAUAAAAGAAACUGGGAAAAAAUUAUAUGAAAUGAAAAAAGAAGUAAAGAAAUGGGAGAAUAAUAAUAGUAAUAAUAAAGCAUUAAUAUGGUUAAAACUGUCGUCCUCUCCAAAUUCUUCUUCUAGCAACUAUUCUUCCAGAUAACAAAUCUACAAGUAGCCUUUAAAGAAGCCUAUAAAAGAGAAUUACUGUAGAAGAGUAAAAUGAAAGGUGGGUUAGAAGAUGUUCAACUAGAAAGUAGAUUAAAAGAUGGUUUUGUUAGGUAUCGAAAGCUUUUAAGAUGGGAGAUCCUUCCUCAUCGAGAAAGAAGCAAGGGCAGAGCAAGGCACGUACCAUAUUAUAAAAUGAUCUUUUUUUUGUAAAUGAGGAAUGAUUCAGUCUACACUGGACCAGCUCUUUAGCCUCUCAAGGAUACUUGCAGGUGCACAGGAGUUAACCAAACUGACACAUAUGUUUUUGUGGAUUUGGAGAAUAUAGUCUGAGGAAGUUUCUACCAGCUAUUUCUGUGCAAAGCUGAAUCCUGUGCUAUGUUAAUGUCAUAAGAUUAAAUUAGUAUAUAUAAACUUUUUUUUGGUCUAAUUUUUUAUUCUAAUGAAUGAACUCAGCUUGAAUCAGUUAUAAAAAACGCUUUCUUUUCUGUUGCCUACAUUCUAGAGGGUGAUGUUGCCUCAACACCUAAACAGGAAACUGAGUUCAGUUGGGUUAAAGUGAGAUAUGGGAGGUGAGGAAAUGAAAAAUCAGCAGGGGAAAAAGAAUCACAACUCACUGUGAUCUUUAUAGUAGUUUAUAGUAGCAUCUACUGUGUUACUGCUGCUCUGAGGUUUACUGCGCUUUGUGGACUUGGACAACUGAAUUCAACAGGAUAUAAGCAGAUUUUCAUGAAUUGUCUUCGCUGAUUUCCAUCCCCUACAUUUACAGUAUACUGUUUAUACUGUCUUUACACUAAAUCCUAUCAAGUUUGUAUAAAGGUCGAAUUCAGUAAAUGUAUCUAAGCAUCAUCAGCUAAAAUUCAUAUUAAUAUCUGCUGCUCUUUACAUAACCUAAAUCUGACCAUGAACACCGUAGCUACUGUCCAACACAGUGCUUUACUUUAAGUCCAUCAAACCUCUUUCAUCCACCAUUUAAAUAACACAAAGUUAGCAUAGCUCAGAUUAACAUUAUUUUUUUGUUGCAGAAUGGAGGCCACAACUUACAGACAACUGCACGAUCGGGUGUUGAGCCAAAAGACAAAACCCAAAAGGAAUCACCAGAUACACCAUUAGGACUGCCUUAUUGUUCAGGCUGAAUCGGUUUGAUGUUUGAAGGCCUGCAUAUACUGUAUAUAUAUUAAAAAAAAAAAUCUGUCACAGUGGGUCAACCACUGGAUCUACCCAAACGUGUCAUAAUGCCUCGGCAAACUGUGUUUAAAGUCCACUAAAUAAAGUCUGCCUCUUUAUUUAAAAUGGCUCAUCUGCAACAAAGAAAAAAAAAAAAAAAAAGAAGGCGCGCAGCACCGUUAAAUAAUAACUCUGAUCAAAUGUGUUAAAACUAAAGUAACAACCUUGUUUUUAAAAUUUAAGGAGUAGAAAGUUUUGAUAUUUGUGUAAAAAUGCUGGGAGUAGAUGCUCAAGUGAAGCUUUUCAUGUGUAACUCUUUCUAUGGUUUCUAUCCAGGCAUGCCACAGAAUAUAAAAAAAAAAUGUAAAAAUCUUUAUUGUGCUUUAAUACCUGGUCUUGCAUUUGACACAUUGAUUCUUAUAAACCUUUUUGCAUGUUG